CGGGCCCGCCUCCACCCGCUUUAUAAGCCCGGCGCCCGGCGCCCGGCGGCGCCAGCUGAGGUGUGAGCAGCGGCUGGAGACUGUGCUUGGGAGACCCGGCGCUGCGCGCUGAUUCACGGAGACGUCCUGAGACCCCCAGAAGAGCCACAGGUGCCAUGUCCGAGCCGUCCAGGAACGCGCAUCAAAUCCCCCGCAGCAGCAAGGCCUGCCGCUGCCUCUUUGGUCCAGUGGACAGCGAGCAGCUGCGCCAGGACUGCGACGCCCUCAUGGCCAGCUGCGUGCAGGAGGCCCGAGAGCGGUGGAACUUCGACUUUGUCACCGAGACGCCACUGGAAGGGGACUUCGCCUGGGAACGCGUGAGGGGCCUCGGCCUGCCCAAGCUCUACCUGCCCGUGGGGCCCCGAGAUGACCUGGGAGGGGGCAAGCGGCCGAGCCCCUCGUCCGCCCUGCUGCAGGGCAUGUCUCAGGAGGACCACUUGGACCUGUCGCUGUCCUGCACCCUCGUGACUCGCUCCCCUGAGCGGCCCGAGGGGACUCCCGGUGGGCCUGGCCCCUCCCAGGGCCGGAAACGGCGGCAGACCAGCAUGACAGAUUUCUACCACUCCAAACGCAGGCUGAUCUGCUCCAAGAGGAAGCCCUAACCCCGCUGCUGGAAGCACGUCCUCGUGGAAACAAGGGGACCACUGUGGGCCUCUUCUGUACCUUUUGCCUUGGUCCUUCAGUUUGUGCGUCUUAAUUAUUAUUUGUGUUUUAAUUUAAACGCCUCCUCAUGUACAUACCCUGCUUACUGUUACCCUUCCCACGCCCCCAGCCUCUGGCAUUAGAAUUAUUUAAAAAAAAAAAUUAGCAGAAAAAAUAGGCUUAUUAGAGUGCUAGGUAUUUUUAUUAUAUAAACCAUUAUUUAAACCCUCUUCAUCCUUUGCUUUCCUCGUCCUUGCUCCUCUGAGGCUGACGUGACCCCCAUUCUCUGGGUGGCACUCUCUGGAGGGGCCUGGCUCUCUCCCUGGCUGCCAUCUGAUGGGUGUUAUGAAGUCCCGCCCCCCACCCCCCCAGCCUUUCCUGCAUUCUCAGUCCUGAAUUCCUUAUAAUCUGAGAAGUAAAUAGAUAGCACUUUGAAGGGGGCCCAACAGAGUUGGAGGCAUCAUCAAAACUUUGGGUUCCCCUUGCCCUCUCUAAGGUUGGGCAGGGUGAUCCUGAAGUGGGCACAGCCUGGAAAUGGGGCUGGGGGAUUGGACACGCUCCUGGCCCUUGAUUCCCACCUCUGUCUUGUGAAGGCAUGGGGAAGGUAGGGGCCCGUAGCAAACCACCCCCACCUCCCCACUCCCCCCACCCCUGUCUUCAGGGCAGCCAGUCUCAUAUUUGGCUUCCCUGUUCCCUGCAUUUUUCCAGGAGCCCCAGAGGCCCCUCUUCCCCAGCUGGGCUCUCAGCCCCUCUCUGCUCCUCUCCCUUCCUCCAUGCCCUUUCCGUUUAGUAUCUUCUCAGCCCUGGGUGGCAGCUCUGGGGGGGGCCCUAACCCCCAGCUCAGUGGACUGGAAGGGGAAGGGACAUGCUAGGCAUAGGGUUCCCCAAUUCUACCUCAAGCAGCGACCGCCCCCUCCUCUUAGCUCUUGGGGUAGGGGUCCUGGGUGGUCAGACAGGCCUCCUUGAAUGGGGAUCUCUCUGUGUUAGGGGUAGGUGGGUGAGGAGCAGAUUUUUCCAGGAGGGACAGUGUGACACCAGCCCCUGGAACUCAUCCAAGGACUUUUUCCAUUGGCCCCACCCCUUCCCCCAUUUCAUUGCACUUUGAAUAACAGCUGAAGGAGUCAGAUGGUGGGAGCAGAGGCUGUGGAUAGGAUGUGCUAAGUGGGCAAAUGUGGGUCUGGGAGCUGUGAGUCAUCGUCUUUCCUGGCACUGAGCCACGUGGUGGGUCUGACCCCAGACACCUUCCAGCUCCUGUAACAUCCUGGCCUGGACUGUUUUCUCCUGGUUCCCAGAUGUCCUGUCUCUUCUGUCUCCACCUCGACUGUAAACCUCUCAAGGGGAGGGAAUACGUCCUAUACUGCUCUGUGCCCUUCAGAGCCCCUCCCACAGUGCUGAGUAUACAGCAGGUGCUCAAUAAAUAUUUCUGAUGACUUGUAA